UUUUGGUACUUUUUUUUAAUCCCAUUUUUAUUCUGACUUUUCUUAACCUCUGAAAUUUUAAUCUUAAAUUUCCAUAUUCCAGAAUGUUAAUGAGGGAAAUCUAUCUGUUUCAACCUGUGUAGUUUAGGUGUGUGAGUUUGUUUUGGAUUUUAGUUCACACUAAAUCACAUGGUCGAAGAUAAACAGUACAUUUGACUGUCUGAGAUGCGCAUGCGCACCAGCAUGUUCGAUGUUCUCUGAAAUCGACCACAAUCCCUUCGAGGUUCGAUAGCUUCGACACUCGAUUGCUUUGGGCUCUGCUUCCAAGAUGGGCAAGAGCUGCCAGUCGCAGUAAUUUCCUUCGGUUUGAUUCCGGUCAUAACGUUAACGAGGAGACACGAGCAAGGAUGGGGUUGACACAGAGCUCCGAUGCUUCCGAAGGAGGAACGUACGGAUAUCACGUUCACGGGGUGCAGCCAAACUCCCCUGCAGAAAAAGCAGGACUGGAGCCCUUCUUUGACUUCAUCCUGUCACUGGACAGCCAAAGACUUAAUGAGGAAAAUGAUCUGCUAAAGGAGCUGCUGAAAGCCAACAUGGAGAAAGCGGUGAAGAUGGAGGUGUACAGCACCAAGACGACGAGGAUCCGUGAGCUGGACGUGGUGCCCAGCAACAUGUGGGGAGGUCAGGGUCUGCUGGGGGCCAGCGUUCGCUUCUGCAGUUACCAAGGAGCCAGCGAGAAUGUUUGGCACGUGCUGGAUGUGGAGCCCAGUUCUCCAGCGGCUCUGGCGGGCCUUCAGUCCCACACGGACUACAUCGUUGGUGCAGAUCAGGUGUUGCAAGAUUCAGAAGACUUCUUCGCUCUCAUUGAGGCUCAUGAAGGGAAGCCGCUGAAGCUGCUGGUGUAUAACACGGAAACGGAUGCCUGCAGAGAUGUGAUGGUCACUCCCAACGGAGCGUGGGGGGGUGAAGGGAGUUUGGGUUGUGGCAUUGGUUAUGGCUACCUACACCGCAUCCCUGUGAACCCCAGCGCGCCUGCGGUGAACCCCUCCCCACCUGUUUCAGCGGAGAACACCCCGGCUGAGCUGCCUGCACAGGGAUACACAGAGGCUCUCCUGAUGGCACCGCCAGGACAAACUGAACAGUUGAUAGAUGUGGAGCAAAUCACUCUUCAGGAGGCUCCGCCUCCCGCUCCGGCGCAGAGAAUCGUAGAUCCCGCUUUCUCUGAGGCAGAAAUAACAGCAUUCAACCCCGACCCUGCAGAUCUGCUGGACAGGCUGGAUCUGUCUAUGUCCUCCAUCGACAUGACCAACACGUCUCUGGCCAUGCACGAGGACAGAGACAACGGAUCUGCCGCUGAUGAGCUGGAGGUUAUCCACAAGCUCUCAUACUCGGAAGAAAUCAGCGAUCCACAGGAGCUAAACUCUGCAACAGCUGGAGACCUCACUUCCACGGAUACCUCAAUCGACUCGGGCCUCCCACCUGCCGACAUGUCUCACCUGGUCGCAGAGUCUGCGAAUCAAGACAGCUUCCUAAUUGAUUCCAGCAGCAGUCCAAGUCCGCCUAUGGGUGUGCUGUCGCUCCCCGAGGAGUCCUUUCCCGCUCAGGCCGAGUCGUUGGUAGAAGAUCACGCCACUCCAUCGCCUGUCGACCUGAUCCCGACCUCACACGCAGACGGGAACGAGUCUGCAGAUGCUGCGCUCCAGGAUGCUCCUGACGGAGAGCACGAGGAGUCCCGUGUGGAAUAAAGGCCUCCAAACGGAGGAGAAAACUCUGACAAUCACACCUUCACAGAAGUGUACGAAGGAAGUUAGACUGAGUAAAUAUAGCGCUUUAUGAUUACACCUGGUUUGUACUGCAUGAAGUACGGCUGCUUCUACAACUUAGUUACACUAAUGGAGAAGGUACAGCAUGAAGAAGGAAACUGAACUACCGCGGGAACCUCUAAUUGUGAGCAAUUUUAGUGUUUUUGACCUGCUGGGUGCAGAAUCAGAGUUUUUCAGGUGAUGGUUCUUUAAUUCUGGUCAAAUUCAGUGACAAAUACUUGAAAGCUCCCAAAGAUUUAACACUUUUACUACUGCAGAGCCCACCUGCACCUUCACAACGACAACACUGUCUUUUAGUUAAUUAAGCUGUUCUGGUGCACUGUUACAUUUAGGAUGGGAGGGGGUUUGGAGAAUCAUUUGUUUACAUAGUAAUGGGUUUUAAUUAUGAGAAAAGGCUCUUUUCAAUUAUUCUUUUUUUAAAUGGUCACUUAUUUUAGGGGACACGUUUUAAAAUAUUUUUGUGCAUGUGUCUACAUGACAUCUGGGAAGGUCUUUGCCAUUAUUUUCAAAUUUUAUUUUCAACAUUUGAUUUACUGGCACUUAAAAAAACACUUUUUGCCAUCUUGUUGCUAAAAUGUAAUUUUUAUUUGCUGUUGGAAAAUAUCUAUGCAAAGCUCAAAAAGUCAGAAAAGGAAAUAUGUUUAUAUAUAAACUGCUCUAAUUUUUCUUAAUGUUUUUAUUAGUUGCAAAAAAUAGAGUAUUUUUGCAGAUCUUUUAUUAAUGAAUUGUGGGUUUUGUUAGGAAUGUGUGUGAAAUGGGUGAACUUUUUCGAUUGUACAACAAAUAUCACUUAAAAAAAAUUAAAGUGUCCCUUGUUUUUAUUUUUUCAAACAAAUCCAUGUAUAGCUCUGUCAAUGUUAAACCAUUCCAGUUUAUUUCUCUGAAUGCCUAAAAUAUACAUAUUUCACAAAUUAUUACAACAAGGAAUAUUGCAGUGCUAUGGCCUAAUUGUGGUACACUUGAUGGUUAUUUUUUUUCUCUUUUUGGCCAAUUCGAGCUCACUCAAUACAUCCUCCGUUAUGGCAUCACAUACACUCAUGGCAAAAUUAACUCUAGAAAACUUAAGAAUUCACUUCCUGGUGUUGCACCAAGAUGGGUGGGGGAAAGAAAAAGGUUGUUAGCGUUUAUUUCACUUUAAUUGCCCACAGUGCUGGAUAUUAAAAUUCUCAUGAAAUUC